AUGGACAGAAGAAAGGGAGGAGAUAUGCUAGUGAAGAUACUAUCUGAAGGUUUACCUGCGCCGCCGUCGCCAGGACCUCGCGGCCGUCGCCUCAAGCUCGCCGUCGUCGCCAUGGAUGAGGAGAGACCAGAUCCUCCACGCGACCCUGAAAAAACAAAGCGGGUAAAAGGAGGUCCUCGUUUUGAAGAUGCAGACGAAAUUGUAAACUACAUUGAUUUUGGUGUUGAACUAGCCACAAGGGUGGGUAAGGACAAACCAACAGAUGAUGCCGACAAUUCCUCGUUUCAGAUAGCUGCAAACUGGCAGGCCAAUAAGAACUUCCUAGUAAAGGGGAAGUUAGGGCCCUCCAAAUCUUCUGUAGCUUUGGCAUUGAAGUCUUGGUGGAAACCCAUGUUUACAUUUAGCUUCAUAGCUGUGAAUGAUCAUGCGAAGGGUACAAGAGGGUACGGAUUUGGAAUCCAUGUCGACGAUCAGAGAGACCCAGAUUCCAGCCAUCUCCUCUAG